UUGUUUCUGCGCUUCCGGGUCAGCAAUCUGGCCGCAUCUUGAGGACGAGGGACCCGUGGGUCUUCGCGGUGUCUCGGUAAAUGUUCGGGUCUUCCUGGCGGACUGAAGGGGCCCCAUCAGAAGGUUUGCUUUUGAAGAGUUGGUAGCACAUCUCUGAGGGAAAUGGAUGGCGAAGAGAGAACUUAUGGAGGCUGCGAAGGCCCAGAUGCUAUGUAUGUGAAGUUGAUUUCAUCUGAUGGUCAUGAAUUUAUUGUGAAAAGAGAACAUGCACUGACAUCUGGCACUAUUAAAGCUAUGUUGAGUGGCCCUGGUCAGUUUGCUGAAAAUGAAACAAAUGAAGUAAAUUUUCGUGAGAUUCCAUCCCAUGUGCUGUCAAAAGUAUGCAUGUAUUUUACCUACAAGGUUCGCUACACCAACAGUUCUACAGAGAUUCCUGAAUUUCCAAUUGCCCCAGAGAUUGCACUGGAAUUGCUGAUGGCUGCAAACUUCUUAGAUUGUUAGAAAAUAAAAAUGUAACUUAUAAUCCAAUGUGAGGUGUUAAACUUCUGUAUUUAACUACUUGCAGAAUUAAUAAGUGACUUUAAAAUGGUGUUGCAUUUAUGUCUGAUAGCUCACCAAAAUUUUUUCUUUUAAUGGAGAUGUUUUUUUUUCAAGCGUAAAGUAAAGGUAAUGGGGUUCCUUUAGCUUCUUGUACAUGAGGUGAAUUAUUGUUUUCUCCUAUCACGUGAUGUUCCAUAUUGGUGUGCAGAUGGUUUCCAGCUUCCCCGUUUUUCAAGAAAAAAGAACAAUUGUACCCCAAAUAUCCACACUUUUCUGUUAUGAUGUUGAUACAAACUUCAGCUGAAUUUCUAUCCGGUACUCCUAUAGGAUUGACAAGUAAUAAACUGUCUUUAAAAACAGUA